CUUCUUCUCCUCAGGCAUAUGUCUCUCCUCAGUCCUCUCCCACCUCUUAUCCGUUUAUUUAUCACUUCCUCUGCACAUCUCUCUCUCUGUGACUCUGUCUCCCUCAUCUACAAGCACUGUUGCAGACUGAUAGCAGUAUAUAUAUCCAUACACACAAUUCGUAGGUACAUGAAUAGAUACAAAUAGGAAAAUGUCGUGUCUGCUGCCGCAGUUCAAGUGCUUGCCGGACACUUUCUCUUUCCAUCCCAAAACUCCCCACUUCCACCCCCCUAUUCAUCUCUUAAAAUGUAAAGAGUCAAUCCUUAUUCGGUCACAAUGCGUGGUAUCCACUGCAUCACCACCAACCUCAACCGCCACUGCAAGAACAAUUGAUGUGGAAAAGCUGCUAUUACUAUAUUUAGAAGAUAAACCAAAUCCUGCUGCCGCAGACAGACCUUGGACUUAUGUAGGCACGGUUGGUCCACCCACAGAGGCAAAUUUUGGAGCAAGUUUGGCUACAGAAACUAUACUUACAAGUGAAGAGGCUACUAUUGCUGCUGCUGCUGCUGAAGCAGUUGCUCUGGCGAAAUCAGCUGUCAGAGUUGCGAAGGAAGCAGCAAUGAUGGUCAGCCAUAAAAGCUUAACAACAGCGGAUGUCAAAGCUGCAAUAGUCGCAAAAUCAGCUGUCAGAGUUGCGAAGGAAGCAGCAAUGAUGGUCAGCCAUAAAAACUUAACAACAGCGGAUGUCAAAGCUGCAGUAGUCGCAUCUGAAGCUAAUAUGCUUUCAGAAAUAAGACAAGUUGGUGUAGCUGGAGAUUUAACAGCAGCUGCAACUGAGUUGUGGGGGAACUUUCCAUUGCAAUACCCUAGUAUUAAGGAAGAUGAUUUAUUUCCAAUAAAUGAGCAACUUAAACAGCUCCUCACAGAAUUCCCUGAUGUAGCUGUGAGAUCAAGGCGUCAAUUAGAACGAAAUGCCCGAAGAGCUGAAGCAGCUGAGAAGGCUUCAGCCAAAACUACUGUAUCUGUCAAGUCCACAAGCCGAAAAAAGCGUACUUCUUCGCAAGAUAUGACUGAUCCGUUGCGUUACUUGAGAGGAACUACAAGUGGGUCCAGGCUUCUCACUGUUGCUGAAGAACAUCAGUUGUCAGAAGGAAUCCAGGACCUGCUGAAAUUAGAGAAGCUCCGAGAUGUUUAUGCUGAACAUUGUGGAAAUCAGCCCACCUUUGCGCAAUGGGCUGACGCAGCAGGUGUUGAUCAGAAAAUCCUGAGCAAGCGUCUAAAAUAUGGCAUUCAAUGCAAAGAAAAAAUGAUUGUCAGCAACAUGCGGCUUGUCGUUUCAAUUGCAAAAAAAUUUUGCGGAGUUGGAAUGGAUAUCCAAGAUCUUGUUCUGGAAGGUUGUCGAGGCCUUGUGAAAAGUGCAGAAAAGUUUGAUGCUUCGAAGGGGUUCAAGUUCUCAACCUAUGCUCACUGGUGGAUUAAGCAAGCAGUUCGGAAGUCUCUUAAUGACCAGACCAGAACAAUUAGCUUACCACCUCGCCUGGUUGAGGCGGCUUAUAAAGUUAAGGCGGCCAGCAAGCAGCUAUAUUGCAAUACUGGAAGACAUCCCAACAGUGAAGAAGUUUCUGAGGUCACAGGGCUCUCAAUGAAGAGGCUCGAAGCUGUAUUACUAGCCCCUAAAUCUCCAAUAUCACUAGACCAAAAGACCGGAUUCAACCUCGAUCUCAAUCCCUUGGUCCGUAUAUUUCCCUAUUCAAAUAAACUCUCCCGCAGAUGCCGUUUUUGUUCAACUUCUCAGUCAUCUUUUGUAUCACAGGAUGUAAUUGCUGCUCCUGAUGAAGUACCAGUGGAAGAACUUUUGACCAGGCGGACAAUGAUGCAGGACCUGGAAAAGGUAUUGAACACACUUAGGUGGAACGAGAGGCACGUGAUCCGAUUGAGGUUUGGACUGGGGGAUGGAAGAACAAAGACAUUGCAAGAGAUUGGGGAGUCAAUGGGUGUGAGCAGAGAAAGAAUCAGGCAAAUCGAGUUGACUGCCCUCCGAAAGUUGAAAAACAAAAGGAGAUCCAAGCAUUUGCAGCAAUAUGCGGCUACGUGUGCACGUUAACAGAUCAAGAGACCAGAUAAAAACUACUUCAGCUUCGAGGAACCAACUAGCUUUGCUUGAGGCUUAGAAAAGGUUGUAACUUGUAAAGUUGUAAGCGUCAUUCCUAGUUUUUGUAUCAUUUCUUCCUCUCUUUUUCCCAUCAACUUCUCCGAGUACUAGGCAUCAUUCUUGAUAGAAAAAACAGUUUUCUUUUUAAUCAAAGCGUUCUCAAUUUUUUA